GUUACAUAGGUACCUAGUAUUCGUCAUCGUAACUUCUAACUUUUCUCAUUAUCCUCCCCCUGAGUUAUGCUGUAGAUUCUCUCCUCCAUAUCUAUUUACAAUAACCUUGGCGGAGAAAGCAGUUGUUAGUUGUGAUGUCGGAAAUUCAUGCUAUCGCCACAAUACCACACUGACCUCUACGCGAAUGCCGUUUGCACCGACGAACAACACCCGUUUCGCAAAGUGUACCACAACCGUGCUGUGUCAUCUACGGGCCGUCCCUCUCUGGGGAAUUGCGCUGGCUUUACUGUUUUUGGCUUUCCUUCGGACCCGGCUCGCAGCCCUAACUACGGGUCCAAUGUCUUCAUCGUCGCAACCAUCGAAUCGGAAGAUAGCGGCUAGAUAGAUAGAUAGAUAGCAAUCAUGGCUUCUGCUGCUGCGUCCGCAAACAAGGUGAUACGGGUUGCCGGGCCACUUCUCGUGCCAGCGAUAGCCUACGGCGCUUAUAAAGGCAACGCCUUGGGAUUGUUGGAGUCUUUUUUCACCGGCCCCGGCAGGACGAGUCGAAUCAUAGCGCUAGCAGUUGUGUUAUACAACUGGAAGAGCUUGCCUUUAGCAUGGACCUUCCGCGUCUUCGGUGCUAUGACUUCCCACUUUGCGCUGCGGCGCCUGCACUCACACGGUCCCGAUAAGCUGUUCCACCCUGUCAUCACGCCUUCGCAUGUUACACUACUCGAAGUCGACUACAAUAUUCACAAGUCCAACUCCACUUACUUCGCCGACCUCGACGUGAGCCGAUCCCACCUCGUCUCUCACCUGUUCGCGCGAGGGUGUGCGGCUAUCGCCAACAACGACUCUACGAAACUCGUGAUGAAUCCGGCCGACCCUUCGAAGCCGGCCAAGGGCAGGUUUGCCGUUAUGCUCGGCGCCGUGCACUGUAGCUUCAAGAAGGAGCUUCAACCAUACCAGAAAUACGAGAUGUGGAGUCGCGUCUUGAGCUGGGAUCGCAAGUGGCUCUAUAUCGUGACGCAUUUCGUCGAGAAAGGUGCCGUGAAGCCGCGUUCGUGGGAUGCGAGCAGUUUUGGUCCGACGAGGAAGGAAGGGGGGAAGCUCGAGGACUGGGAGAAGAAGAUCCACGCCACGGCUAUCAGCAAAUACGUUUUCAAGGUCGGUCGACUAACGGUGCACCCCGCAGUCCUCAUCGAGGCGAGCGGCCUUCUACCGGAACGACCGGGAGGUUGGGUGUCCAUAGGGAACGGGAUGGCUCCGCCGUCUCACACCGUAGUUGGCGGCGCCGUUCCCGAAGCCGAGGCCGAUUUCGAGUCUAUGGAUUGGAACUGGAAGCACACGGAAGAAUUACGACAGAAAGGUCACGAAUAUGCGGAACAUUUUGCAGCGCUCGACGGACUGCAUAGUCACUUCGACGGCGGCGAAGAUGGCGCGUUGGGAAUAUUCGGUCUCUCAUGAUCUACGCGACACUCCGUAUGCGCGUAUUUAUAAAUAUGCAUUGGACCUAUAAUCUUGAUAUGAGCAAGAAAUAGAAUAUAGACCGCCAAGACAAUUAUAGAUAUAAACAAGCAGAUGUUGUCGCUUUUCCACAAGUAUCGAUGAACUUUUUUGUCACAUUGCUCCAAGAAUAUAACUAUUGCGCCAUAAGAAAAAUCCACCGUCAACUUGGAACCUCACAACAACGCGCCCCAUCGCCUACAGUGCUAAAGCAGCCACGGCAGCGGCAAACCCGAGACCGGC